GGUAGCAGAGAGAUUUGUUUUUUCUGCAAAAGGAAGGUGGGUAGUUUGGAGAGAGACUGAGGGAAAAAGGGUGGAUGUGGAAGCCAAGCGGCCGAACUCUCUCAUUUAGGAAACCGCGAACUGUUUGCACAGCUUAUGCUCACAUGCCUAAUACUACUACAGCGUCUCAGAAAACACCUUUGGGGGAAGGUUUGACUUGUCUCGAAGAGUCUCAGUGUUUUUCCUCGACGGAUAGGGAGCUGCUUGGAUGCGAAGAGACGGCAUGAUGUGAAUGACUCCAGUGUGAAGAAAUCUUCGCCAACUCAUCCUGCAUCAAGUGCCCAUUGAGUAGCACUGUCACUUUAAUGUCUCCAUGCCAGGGGAUUGCUUUCCUUCUUUUCAAUCCUCUCGGUUAAUACGUGGGAGGAUCAGAAUCAGAGGGGGCAUUAAGGAUCAAGCCUGAGGGGCUUGGAGAGCACAGAAGAAAAAAAAUGAAAGUGACAGCAAGCUGGAUCCUGUCUUACUGAGGGGGUGAGAUCCGGAACUUCUGGUCCAGUGAAUAGAAAGGGGCCUUUCAGUCUGUUCUGCCCCAGGAAACUGUCCAAACUCACCCACCUUUUUAGAGACUAGAGUCAAAGAGGUUUUUAAAAGUAUUUUUGGGGGGUGAGGGUUUUAAAUUUUUCUCUAAAGAAUUGAGGGUUUUUUAUCAUCAACCAGUUCAUCUUUGAAUUAGAUCAUGUAUUGAGUAAUGAGACAGCUGUGUAAAUUUGGUUUGUGCCUUAAUUGAGUUAGUCAUCGAACUCCAAAAAUGCUGCUGCCUGAAGAGGAGUUUUAAUAAUGUUUUCUAUGCUUACAAUAAUUUUCUUUUUAAACAGAAUAAAUGUUUUAUAAACAUUGAAAAACUCAAAAGCUAUUUUUCUUUAAACUCCGUGGGCACUGUCAAAGUUGGUGGAAAAAAUACAUCAUUUUUUCUUUAUUUGAAAGAGAAGACAGCCUGGAUUUCAAACAGUGAAGUGGUUUGCAACAGUUACCUGGCCCUUGGCCUCCAUCCAGGUGGAUCAAGUUGAGACCUGAAAAGAGAUCUUGAAUCCUGUGUCAGUGGAAAGACCCAAGAAUGCCAGUCAAGAAGAAAGAUACUGACCGAGCUUUAUCAUUACUGGAAGAAUACUGCAAAAAAUUAAGGAAACCAGAGGAGCAGCAGUUGAAAAACGCUGUUAAAAAGGUGAUGGGUAUCUUUAAGAGCAACUUAUUCCAAGCUUUGCUAGAUAUUCAAGAAUUUUAUGAGAUGACAUUGCUAAAUUCUCAAAAAAGUUGUGAGCAGAAGAUAGAAGAAGCCAAUCAAGUUGCACAGAAAUGGGAGAAGACAUCCCUUCUUGCUCCAUGCCAUGAUAACCUUCAAAAGUCUGUAGAGCAAAACCAAGGCAAGUGCCCAGCCCAGAAUUGUUCAGUGGAAGCCCCUGCUUGGAUGCCUGUUCACCACUGUACUAAGUAUCGCUAUCAAGAUGAGGACACUCCACAUGAUCAUUCCUUACCUCGACUGACCCACGAAGUGAGAGGCCCUGAACUUGUGCAUGUAUCGGAAAAGAACCUGUCUCAAAUAGAAAAUGUCCAUGGAUACGUCUUGCAGUCACACAUCUCUCCUCUGAAGCUCUCAGAUCCAUUUGGAAUUCAUUCUAGUGUACAGUGUGAGGCCAGCCCUGCUCCUAUAAUUGUCAACACAGAUACUUUGGACACGAUUCCUUAUGUCAAUGGAACAGAAAUUGAAUAUGAGUUUGAAGAAAUUACACUGGAGAGGGGGAAUUCUGGCCUGGGAUUCAGUAUUGCUGGAGGGACAGAUAAUCCCCACAUUGGAGAUGACCCUGGCAUAUUUAUUACGAAGAUUAUACCUGGAGGUGCUGCAGCAGAGGAUGGCAGACUCAGGGUCAAUGAUUGUAUCUUACGGGUGAAUGAGGUGGAUGUGUCAGAGGUUUCCCACAGUAAAGCAGUGGAAGCGCUCAAAGAAGCAGGGUCUAUCGUUCGGCUGUACGUGCGUAGAAGACGACCCAUUUUGGAGACUGUUGUGGAAAUCAAGCUGUUCAAAGGGCCUAAAGGUUUAGGCUUCAGUAUUGCAGGAGGUGUGGGGAACCAACACAUUCCUGGAGACAACAGCAUUUAUGUAACUAAAAUUAUAGAUGGAGGAGCUGCACAGAAAGAUGGAAGGUUGCAAGUAGGAGACAGACUACUAAUGGUAAACAAUUACAGUUUAGAAGAAGUAACACAUGAAGAGGCGGUAGCAAUAUUGAAGAACACAUCAGAUGUAGUUUAUCUAAAAGUUGGCAAAGCCACCACCAUUUAUAUGACUGAUCCUUACGGCCCACCUGAUAUUACUCACUCUUAUUCUCCACCAAUGGGAAACCAUCUUCUCUCUGGCAACAAUGGCACUUUAGAAUACAAAACCUCCCUGCCGCCCAUCUCUCCAGGAAGGUACUCACCAAUUCCAAAGCACAUGCUUGUUGAAGACGAUUAUACCAGGCCUCCGGAACCUGUUUACAGCACUGUGAACAAACUGUGCGAUAAGCCUGCUUCUCCCAGGCACUAUUCCCCUGUUGAGUGUGACAAAAGCUUCCUUCUCUCAGCUCCCUACCCCCACUACCACCUAGGCCUGCUCCCUGACUCUGAGAUGACCAGUCAUUCCCAACACAGCACUACAACCCGCCAGCCUUCAGUGAGUCUCCAACGGGCCAUCUCCCUGGAAGGGGAGCCGCGCAAGGUGGUCCUGCACAAAGGCUCCACUGGCCUGGGCUUCAACAUCGUGGGCGGGGAAGAUGGAGAAGGUAUUUUUGUAUCCUUCAUUCUGGCUGGUGGACCAGCAGACCUGAGUGGGGAGCUCCAGAGAGGAGACCAGAUCCUAUCUGUGAAUGGCAUUGACCUUCGAGGAGCAUCCCAUGAACAGGCUGCUGCAGCGCUAAAGGGGGCUGGACAGACGGUGACGAUUAUAGCACAAUACCAACCUGAAGAUUACGCUCGAUUUGAGGCCAAAAUCCAUGACCUACGAGAGCAGAUGAUGAACCACAGCAUGAGCUCCGGGUCCGGGUCCCUGCGAACCAAUCAGAAACGCUCUCUCUAUGUCAGAGCCAUGUUUGACUACGACAAGAGCAAGGACAGUGGGCUGCCAAGUCAAGGACUUAGUUUUAAAUAUGGAGACAUUCUCCACGUUAUCAACGCCUCUGAUGAUGAGUGGUGGCAAGCCAGGAGAGUCACGCUGGAGGGCGACAGUGAGGAGAUGGGGGUCAUCCCCAGCAAGCGGAGGGUGGAAAGAAAGGAACGUGCCCGAUUGAAGACAGUGAAGUUUAAUGCAAAACCUGGAGUGAUUGAUUCAAAAGGGUCAUUCAAUGACAAGCGUAAAAAGAGCUUCAUCUUUUCACGAAAAUUCCCAUUCUACAAGAACAAGGAGCAGAGUGAGCAGGAAACCAGUGAUCCUGAACAACAUGUUUCUUCUAAUGCCAGCGAUAGCGAAAGUAGCUACCGAGGACAGGAAGACUUCAUUCUUUCUUAUGAGCCUGUCACAAGACAGGAAAUAAACUAUACCCGGCCAGUGAUUAUCCUGGGCCCCAUGAAGGAUCGGAUCAAUGAUGACUUGAUAUCAGAAUUCCCUGACAAAUUUGGCUCCUGUGUGCCUCAUACUACGAGGCCAAAGCGUGACUACGAGGUGGAUGGCAGAGACUAUCACUUUGUCAUUUCCAGAGAACAGAUGGAGAAAGACAUCCAAGAGCACAAGUUUAUAGAAGCCGGCCAGUACAAUGACAACUUGUAUGGAACCAGUGUGCAGUCUGUGAGAUUUGUAGCAGAAAGGGGCAAACACUGUAUACUUGACGUAUCAGGAAAUGCUAUCAAGCGGUUACAAGUUGCUCAGCUCUAUCCCAUUGCCAUCUUCAUUAAACCCAAGUCUCUGGAACCUCUGAUGGAGAUGAAUAAGCGUUUAACAGAGGAACAAGCCAAGAAAACCUAUGACCGUGCAAUUAAGCUAGAACAAGAAUUUGGAGAAUAUUUUACAGCUAUUGUCCAAGGUGACACCUUAGAAGAUAUCUAUAACCAAUGCAAGCUUGUUAUUGAAGAGCAAUCUGGGCCUUUCAUCUGGAUUCCCUCAAAGGAGAAGUUAUAAAUUAGCCACUGCACCUCCAACAAUGACAGAAGAGCAUUUAGAAGAACAAAAUAUAUAUAAUACACUACUUGGAGGUUUUUAUGUUUCUGUUGCAUUUAUGUUUUUGCAGUCAAUGUGAAUUCUUAUGAAUGUACAACACAAACUGUGUGAAGCCAUGAAGGAGAAGGAGGGGCCAAAGGGUGGGACAGAAAAGACAGUGCAGUACGCGGGAAGGCUUUGCUUUGCUCAGAGUGCCAGGGGUAGGGAUGAACCUCUGACGGGCUUUGUGCCCAAGAGAUGGGCAGCCUCCUCACCCAGCAGAUGUCCAGAGCUGAUUUAGCUGCUGAGCUCCCUGUGUUUUUUGCUUUAAAGAAAAGUUGCCAGCACUUGAACUUCACCAACCUUCCCAUUACCCACAUCUGUAAUUGGUACACUUCGAAUUUUAUAACUAUGCACCUCCUUUGAUUUCUUAACAAGCAAAAGAAAGAACGAAGGGAAAAAAAGAAAGGAGUCCCUUUGGAGACGGCAUAAUAUCAGGGAAGGAUAAGUGUGUAGUUUCUUUUCCUGGCAUCUGCAAAGACAAGCAUUUCAUAAAAUUUGCGAGUGUGUGGAGGACUGACCUCACUGAGGAGGGGAUUCCACCUGGGGUUAGCUUUAUGAUUGUUUAUCGUCUAUUUUGCCAUUUAUAAACUUAAAGAAGGCACUAAAGAUGAGAAUAAUUUAUAUAAUAAAAAUAUAUUAAAUGUAUAGAAAUGAAUUUCUAUAGGUUAAAGAAGUUUUGUGAAAUAUUUUGUAAAGAUUAAUUCAUUGAAAGACUAAAUGUAUGCACUAUCUGCAGAUGGUCCAAUUCAACACCAGAAAGCUGCACUCUCCCUUUUGUUGCCAAUGAUCCAUUGAGAGCAUCUGAGUUCCUUCUGAAGCCUGACAAAGACUUCUCCCUCACUUACCUCCCAUGAUCUCCCUUCCACGUUAGUGAUACACUCCCAUGGAGCACAUCCCUUAAUGAGUUACCCUCAUGAAUAUUUUUGGAGGACAUUUGGUUAAUGCAUUUUUUUAAGCUGAUGGCUUUCAGAGACAAACUCAUGCAAAUGAUGUAAAGGGAAGUUUUUGCUUUUGCUUUUCUCUUGUUAAACAACCUGGGCCUGCCAUGCAAAUAGUUGAAUAAUGUUGUUCCUAGUUAACUUACAUACAGUUCUUAAAGGAUCAUUUAGUAUUUUGGCCAUCAUGAAUAAUUAGGACUUUUUUUUGGUCUGUUUCACAAGUAACUGAGGGUUUUGUAAUAGCCAGAGAAGGUAUAGAGCCAUGGAGAGAUCUGCCCCAAAAUGCACUAUUUCUCUGAGGAAGAGAGAGAGAAGGGAAGCAUCUGGUUGGGGGGGCGUGAGGGGUACAGACUUUUUUUUCUGUGUACCGGACAAAGAGAUAGAACCAUCAGGAAAGACCAUUAAUGACUUUGAGCUCAACCAACUGAACUGCCUUUCUUGGGGGAUGCGCCUGGACCAAGUUUAUUUUUUAGCAAUUAUAAUAAUGAUGAUUUACAAAAAGAAACCUCCCGAAGCCUAUAUCCCACUUUAGAGCCAUUGGUGACAUCAGCAUUGCUUGUGCCCAGGGCGUUUAGAGAGAGACUUUUCAGUGAUCUCAAUAACUACUCAACUCUGGGUUGUAUACAUGCCCAAACUAAGCCCCAUCGCCUUAUCUCUGGGGUACAUCAGACCUGGCAGGGAUUCUGCCACACUGUGCAGCAAACCAGCAUGCAGGCUGCGAUGGGAGAGCAAGAGACAGCCAUCAGCAGUGAUGGGGCUUCUUCACAGUAAGAACAUCAGAGCUCAGAAUGAGGGUCUCUUUCCAAAAGCAAGCAUUAUUCGUCUUACACUAAACUACCACUGUCUGCCCGGCUGCAGUCACCAAAACAAACACAAAAAUGCAAAGUCAUGCAUCUACCUAUAGUCUUGAGGCUACCUUUACCAAUGGAAGGGCUAGCAGUGCAUUUUUCCCUCUGAUGAAAGUUAAAUUUCCCAAGACUUCCUUGGAGCACUCAAAAUGUCAAAAAUGUGUCCAUGUCUGCAAUUCGCCAGUUUCAGGUCAAGGCCUGCUUUCAUCAGUCUUACUCCCAGAAGUUUUCUGCCACCAGAAUGCCAUUCCUGAUCCCAGCUCGACUUUUAGGCCGCCAUGAUGACUUCUUUGGUUUCUCAACUAAGCAUGCAACCAUUUAUGUAAAGGACUGUCACUAAUGAAUAGAUGUUUCCAUGGGUCAUGUGAUGUGCUUUCCAUUUAAUCUUAAGUAUUGCUGUGGCUGAGUACAAUCAGAUUGAACGCACCAACCCUUGGUUUUGUAGUAAUAUAAUUAUUUAUUUUCCUAGUGUAGAUGCUUCUGAUUAGAAUUGGCAUU